UCGUAAGGCCGGAGAGGCAAGCUCUGGGUUUGCGAUCUUAGUUCUCACUUUCCGGCCAGUACGGAGAUCCCUGAAGGCUGGUUGGGUUGGUGAGGCCUGAGGAAUAGCCCUCAGCUGCUGCUCCAGCCCCGUGAUUCCCUGCCUGCUGCCAUGCUCUCUGACAUGCUGGUCCUGGACUCUCACCCUCUGAAACUGUACCCUAAAUACAUUCUUCUGUAAGUUGCAUGGUCAUGGUCACAGCAUUAAAAGCCUCUGGAGUUUCCGAGAAGCCGUGCUCAACCCAGGAUGGACCCUGUGGUCUUGAGUUACAUGGACAGUCUACUGAGACAGUCAGAUGUCUCACUAUUGGACCCGCCAAGCUGGCUUAAUGACCAUAUUAUUGGGUUUGCUUUUGAAUACUUUGCCAAUAGUCAGUUUCAUGAUUGCUCUGACCAUGUGUGCUUCAUCAGCCCUGAGGUCACCCAGUUCAUUAAGUGCACCAGCAACCCUGCAGAGAUUGCCAUGUUUCUUGAACCUCUGCGUCUUACCCACAAAAAAGUUGUAUUUUUAGCCAUUAAUGAUAAUUCCAACCAGGCAGCUGGGGGUACCCACUGGAGUUUGUUAGUUUAUCUACAAGAUAAAAAUAGCUUCUUUCAUUAUGAUUCCCAUAGCAAAAGCAACUCAAUCCAUGCAAAGCAGGUUGCAGGGAAACUGAAAGCUUUCUUAGGGAGCAAAGCAGACAAACUGGUCUUUGUGGACGAGAAAGCGCCAGCUCAACAAAACAGCUAUGACUGUGGGAUGUACGUCAUAUGCAACACCGAGGCCUUGUGUCAGAACCUCUUUAGACGGCAGCCAGAGUCCCCGCUGCAGCUGCUCACCCCGACGUACAUCACGAAGAAGCGGGCGGAAUGGAAAGAUCUAAUUGCCAGGCUUGCUAAAAAAGAAGAAGGAGCUCCUGAAGAAUGCUUGUGAUGUUUGAAGUCUCCUCUUUCUGCCUUUCCCUGUGUGACAGCCUCGGUGCCCGAGGGAAAAACGCUAGUAGAAGGACGUUUACUAUGCCUGCUUCUUUGUUGUUUUGAAAGAAUGUCAUCCUCUGCAUUAUCUGAAUGGGAAGUUCACUUUAGCCCUGAGGAGAGCAGUAUGUUCUGUGAGACCGGCUUGAUUCUGUACCAAACCUUACAAAAACAAACAAACAAAACUCAUUAUACAGUGUCAAAUAAGAGUCUUCCUUUCUUGUUGGUAUAAAAUUAAUUCCCUUUUCGUUUCCCUUCCUCACUGGCUUAUCCCAGAAAAGAAGUGAUGAUCUAAGGCAAACCAAUGACAUACGAAAUCUAAAAACAUGCCAUAAAGAAAACAGAGGAAGACCCAAAAUCGUGUUGCCCAGCCGUGGUGAGAGGUGUCUGACUGGAAGUAGAUCAUGACCUAACUCCACUUAUGGCCUUCAUAUUAUAAAAAUAAGGCAUUCUCUGAUAUAAAACCUAUCCUAUCUGCAGAUAGUUAAUAAAGAUGACUUCAGCUCAUCUUCA